AUGUCACAGUAUUGCUUCGCCAUCUAUGCUGCUAUUGCCAUCCUAUUUGUACUUUCAAGCUCACAAAAAGAAGCAGCGGCUAAACCAGUAAUCCUGUCAGCAGAUUCAUCACAACCAAUCAUCGAAGGAAAAGCUAGCUUGAGCCUUGCCCAAUGUACGGCUGCCUGCAGAGCUGGUGUAACGGCCAUGGAAGCAUUUUGUCGUGUGGUUCCACAUCCUGCUACAAAAGCUCUAUGCUGGGCGGUGACACUAUAUGCUGGCACGCCAAGUGUUGCUGCAUGCACUGGAUUCUGCUAUAAUAAUUUUUAA